AAUUUGUUUUCCUAUUUAAAGUAACAAUGAACUUUAUUUACUAAUAUCACUCACUCAUUAGAUAAAAUUGAAAUUUACGAGUAGGUGGUCGUCAUUACGGUACAAUGUCGUCUACGUUUACCGGAUUCAGUGAAGAAGAUUUGAAGCGGAUCAAAUCCGUGGAGACAGGCUCACACAUCGAAUCUGAAGUCACAACUAAUAUCAAAAAGGCCCAGAUUGGUGUGAAGCAGAAAAGAGCUACUAAUCAAUACAAAUUGCCUCUACAAAAGCAGAGUUCCGAUGAAGCAAUCGAUGUAAUGUUUGAUAAAUGCCGGCUCAGUUUAAAAAACAAACCAAUCACAGAAUACAACAAUAAUGACGCAAGCGACUUAGACAAUAUCAGCACAAGUACCGUUGAUUUGAACAAUGAGGAUAAUGUAUCCGGUGGAGAAGAGAAUGGCAUAGAUGAGAAAGAUUCUAAGACUGAUGCGAUGGAAAAUCAUUUGGAUAGCAGGAAAAGCAGUACAGGUGUUACACCGGAUUUGGUGAGGAGUGUAGAUAAUUACACGGAGGAUGACAUGGUGGCUCACAGCGCCAAGUUGGAGGGAUUGCAGCUGAGGCAGAAGAUUAUGGAGGAGCAAAAUAAGAAGCGGAAGGAAAUGCUGGCAAAAGCUUUGGCUGACAGGACUAAACAAACGGCAGAAGAAGUAGUGAGACUGGAAAAGAUAAAGAAGGAACUGCAAGUGCUAGACGGGCAGUUUUCACAGGAUGUGUCAGUGCUAAGAAAGAAGAUAGACCAAGCGUGCCUGAGUUAUGCAGAGGCAGAAAAACAGUACUUAAAAAUAGAAAAAGAGUUCCUCCAGGCGAAAAUUAAUCUACAAAAAGAGAAAGAGAAGAAAGAGUUAUUGACAGAGCACCUCUGUGCUCUCAUCACCCACAACGAAACCAGGAAGGCUCAGAAACUCGAGACUUUAAUGCUGGAGCUUGCCAGUGACCGGAAAGGGUCCGUUAGUGACCGGAAAGAGUCUGUGAGUGACCGGAAAGAGUCCGUGAGUGACCUGAAUCUGUCGCAACAGACUCCGGAGGAUGAUGACAGUGAGAUUGUGGAUGGUGUGUGCGAGAAAACUGGGAAGAUGGUAGAACUUUGAGACAACGAAUUUUUAAAGUUAAGUCCACAUUUAUGUAGUUGCAUUGAGCGUCGGAGAUAAGAGAUAGUUUUUACGUUAAUUUAUAGGUACAAGUAUUUAUUGCAUUUAAAUUUUACUAGCAUUACUCACGGCGGUGCCUUAAUACAAAAUAUACAAAUUAAAAACGAAUUGGUCAGUACUCAGUGUACACUAAAAUAUUCACUUUAAGUGAUAAUUUAAGUUUAAUAUUAAGUAGAAUAAAAUGAUAACUAAUUGUCUAAACAUGACAAUUGUACUAAUGUACCUAAAAGCAAUACAUAUGCAUAUUUUAAUACUAUGACUAGAAUUUAAUAGUAUAUUUUUGUAUGUAUUUGUUAAAAAUAACAUAUAAGGUAUUAAAAUAAAUCGUCAAUACUCAAA